UAUCAUAUUAUUGAAAGUAAAAGGACAAAACAAAAAAAAAAAAAAAGAAAUUAAAAAAGGAGCCAGCUAUACCAAUUUGCUUAACAUUUUGUAUUGUUUUGUUUUGUUUUAUUCUUCUUUAUUGAUGAGCAGAUCACUUCUUUAAAAACUCAGUAUCUGAAAUCAAUCCUCAAAGUGGAAAUGAACCCAAUAACCUUUCUCCAAGAACGUUGGCAACAGCAAGGAAAAACAGCUCUGUCUAAUCCCUUCUUUUUCUGUUCUCUUAUCCUAAUCUCUAUUCUGAUUCUAUCAAAACCCAAAAAAAGCAGCAGCAAACUCAAUCCACCUCCAUCCCCACCAAAGCUGCCCAUCAUUGGAAACCUUCACCAGCUAAGUGCACUUCCUUACAGGUCUUUCAGGACUCUUUCUAAGAAAUAUGGACCUUUAAUGCUCUUGCAUCUUGGUCAGGUACCAACUCUUGUGGUUUCAUCCAUGGAGAUGGCUAAAGAAAUCACCAAAAAUCAUGAUGUUACUUUUGCAGACAGACCUUCUUUGACAGGCGUGGGCAUCGUAUUCAAGGGAUGCCCUGAUAUGGCAUUUGGCCCUUACUGUGACCACUCUAGGGAAGCAAAGAAGCUUUGUGUUCUUCAACUACUGAGUCAAAGAAGAGUGCAAGAAUUUCAUUUCAUAAGAGAAGAAGAAGUAGCAAAGAUUGUUGAGAAGAUACGCUCUUCGAGCAUUAAUGGAGAUGCGAUAAAUAUCAGUGACAUGUUUAUGAGUCUAGCACACAAUAUAUUAUCAAGAUCGGCCUUUGGUCCCAUCUACGAAGGCGAAAAUGGCAGGUAUAAGAGUAUUGGAGAACUGGCAAGGAGGACUAUGGACAUUCUAUCAGCUUUCUGCUUUAAAGAUUUGUUUCCAUUCUUGGGAUGGGUUGAUCAUUUAACAGGCUUAAUCAGAAACUUGAAAAUGACUUCCACAGAACUAAGUGAUUUUUUUGAUCGAGUGAUCCAAGAUCGUCAGGCUUUAAUGAAUGAUAAUGAGAAAGCCGAAAAUAAGAAGUAUCUGGUGGAUAUUCUUCUGCAGCUUCAAAAGGAAGGGCUCGAGCUUGAUCUCUCUCGAGACAACCUUAAAGCAAUUCUGAUGGACAUGUUUGUUGGGGGAACGGAUACUACAGCAGCGACAAUGGAGUGGAUGAUGGCAGAGCUAAUGAAGAAUCCAAGAAUAAGAAAGAAAGCACAAGAAGAGACAAGAAGAGUGGUUGGAAAGAAAUCACAGAUAACUCAGGCUGAUAUAAACCAAAUGAGAUACUUAAGAUGUAUUAUGAAAGAGAUUGUGAGAUUUCAUGCAUCUGCAAUGAUGCCUAGACAAACAUCAGCAAGUGUUAAGCUUCAAGGCUAUGACAUACCAGCAAAAACAAGGGUGUUGAUCAAUACAUGGGCAAUCCAGAGAGACCACAAUUUGUGGGAUAGACCAGAGGAAUUUCUACCGGAGAGAUUUCUUAACAGUCCAGAUGAUGAUUCCGGUAAUGAUGAACAUAAACAGAUACUGUUUUCUUUUGGAACUGGGAGAAGGGUUUGCCCUGGAAUGUCAUAUGCAUAUGCAGAAGUUGAAUAUGCAUUGGCUAGCUUGCUCUAUUGGUUUGAUUGGGAAUUGCCUGAUGGACAAAGUGGAGAGAACCUGGACAUGAGCGAAGUAUAUACAUUUGUUAUCUUCAAAAAAACACCCCUUUGGGUUGUGGCACAUCCCCCUUCACCUUAAUUUAGGUGGUGAAUCGAGAUUCUGUGUAAUACGUAAUUUUUACCUUGUUUCUAGUUGAUUUAGGCAAGUUCUGAUCUGCCUGGCCUUUUGUUAUUA